ACUGAGAUUAUACUUGGAGGGGGUGGUGGUGUUGGUGGUACUGGUAGGACCAUGAAAGGAAAGACUGGGAUGAGACUUUAAGGGUUAUUUACGCGGUCUGAAAUGGUUGUUUUUUUGUCUAAAUACAGGCUUAUAUUUUGCGGAAAAGAAGCAAGAACACGUGAAAAGGGCAUCCAGACGUGUAAACCAACCGCGAGCACCGAGUGAGACUUAAAACAAAGUUAGCUAGCUAGCUCGCGUUGUUAGCGACGCGCUUAGCUCGCUUGGGCAGGAGCAGCGGAUCUGUGGAAGACGAAGCGGGAGGUUAAGCGUUGUUAUCAACACUAUACUGUAGUAAUGUUGCCCUCGGGAGGUCACUCGAGUUUUGGAUGAGGGUACAGACCGAGGCAGUGCUAAUACAGUGUGAGGGAAGAGUGAAAGUGCGAUGCUGGGGCAGAAGGAGGCGGCGCGGGGCUCCGGGGGUCGCCGGUCGGGGUGCUGCGCUCGGCCGCUUUCCGCCCUCAGAACACUCGGGGGCUGCGUGCUGCUCCUGCUGCUCCAGGCGGCCGUGUGUGUCGCCAGACCCGGAGGAAUAAUCAACACCAACAGUAAUAACAACCGCCCGAGUGUCAACGUUUACAUGAGUGAGGGCGAGGUGAAGAAACUUUUGGGUCUGGAUGCUGAGCUGUACUACGUGAGGGACGAUGUGGUGAAUCAUUAUGCUCUCUCCUUCAUACUGCCAGUACCCAGUGAGACCAACAGCCUGCACUUCACCUGGUACUCCAAGAGCAAGGUGGACUACAGGUUGGGAUUCCAAGUAGAGAACGCUGCAGCUAUGGACCAGCCUCAUAGCAACAUUUCAGCCAGUGGGGAGGUCCCGCUUUCACGCUCGGUUUUCAGAGUGGACCUCUUGUGUUCUGGGAAAGUGGACGGCGAGGCCAUUCUGACGAUCCAGCUGAAUCUGACGAUCCAUGCCAACAACUUCACAGUGCUCAACUUCAAGCGCAGGAAAAUGUGCUACAGAAGAAUGGAACAGCCAGAUUCCCCCAGAAUCGUCCCUCCAUUCUCCAACAAAACAGGACCAGACUUAGACAGCGCCCCGACGACAUCCACCAGAGUGUUCUACAUUAGCGUAGGGGUGUGUUGCGCCGUCAUCUUCCUCGUUGCGAUCAUUCUUGCUGUGUUACACCUGCACAGCAUGAAGCGAGUCGAGAUGGAUGACAGUGAGAGUGACAGUGGGAGUUCCCAGGGUCUUUCUCAACCCUCCACUCAGACCACACAGUACCUGAGAGCAGACACACCAAACAACGCCACCUCCGUCACCAACGUUCACGCUGGCUCUGCUCCCAUGCUGCAGCUCUCAGGUGCCUCCUUCCCCCACCCUGGUGCUCCCUCCCAUGAAAGCAAAACUUAUCCUUCAUUGCGAAUAGAGAAGAAUGACCUGAGAAGCGUGACCCUGCUGGAGGCCAAGGCCAAGGUGAAGGACAUCGCCAUCUCGAGAGAGAGAGUCACGCUCCGAGACGUUUUGCAUGAAGGAACCUUUGGACGGAUUUUCCAUGGUGUCUUGCUGGACGAGAAGGACCCGAGCAAAGAGAAACAAGUUUUUGUGAAAACAGUCAAAGAUCAUGCCUCGGAGGUGCAGGUGACAAUGAUGCUGACGGAGAGCUGUAAGCUGCGAGGGCUUCAUCACAGGAACCUGUUGCCCAUCAGUCACGUCUGCACAGAGGAUGGAGAGAAGCCCAUGGUCCUCCUACCCUACAUGAAUUGGGGCAAUCUCAAGCUUUUCCUUCGCCAGUGCAAGCUAGCUGAGGCCAAUAAUCCUCAGGCCAUCUCCCAACAGGAUCUUGUUCACAUGGCAAUCCAAAUCGCAUGUGGUAUGAGCUACCUGGCACGAAGAGAGGUCAUCCAUAAAGACCUGGCGGCCAGGAACUGUGUCAUCGACGACAGCAUGCAGGUGAAGAUCACUGAUAACGCACUGGCCCGAGACCUCUUCCCCAUGGACUACCACUGCCUGGGGGAUAAUGAGAACAGGCCUGUGCGCUGGAUGGCCCUGGAGAGCCUGCUCAACAACGACUUCUCCAGUGCCAGUGAUGUGUGGGCAUUCGGAGUGACUCUGUGGGAACUGAUGACGCUGGGACAGACUCCUUAUGUGGACAUCGACCCAUUCGAGAUGGCUGCCUACUUGAAGGAUGGCUACAGAAUAGCACAGCCCAUCAACUGCCCUGAUGAGCUGUUUGCUGUAAUGGCCUGUUGCUGGGCGCUGGAUCCAGAAGAGAGGCCAAAGUUCCAGCAGCUUGUCCAGUGUCUCACAGAGUUUCAUGCAGCUUUGGGGGCCUAUGUGUAAACUUCAGCCUCAGGUUUUGUUCUGGGCCUCACUAUCCAACAACAGGAAACAUGGCACCUCGCUAAAAUAAAAACAUUUUUCUCUUUCAGUGAUUUUGGGGGGGAGAAAUUGAACUGCUAAGAGUUUAAGACUUUUUCCCUGCUUUUUUUUUUUUUUUUUUUUUGACAAAUCACUCCUCAUGGAAUAGUAGAUCUCCAUUCAUUUUCACUGUUCAAGAGGAUCACCUACAACCUACAGCCUCAUCACAAUUCACACGUUUCUUAAUACUGGUGUUGAUGUGUUCCCAGGAAGCUAUCGUUCCUUUCAGCAGAGAACUUUUCCAGUUAAAGACAUUUGAGUUCAGCUGCUGAGUUUCCUCAUAAAGCUUAUUUCACGAUCCACACAGUCUGAUUUCUCAGAUUUUGCUUGCUUGGAUAAAGAUUUGUAUGUUGUUAUUGAUUCUUCAGUAAGGGGAACAGUCUCCGCUGUGUUGAAUCUAAAACACAGCUAUGAAGUGGAAUUUAAGUUUUUAUUAUUUUUUUUAUAUUGUGUGUGCGAAACAGAGUAUGUGCACAGAACGUUUGUCAGUCCUCCUGUUGGUACAUUUGUUCUGCUUAAAUGAGCUCAUAUUCGGCUCUGCCGCUGGUUAUCAGGAACAAAUCAGCUUACUGCCUUAAGUAUUUAAUUUUUUUCAGGACAGAGGAUAUGCAGAACUGUACUAAUAUUUACUUAAAACCAGUGCGAAACUGGCUCAUGGUACAUUUUACAGUAGCAAUAUAUA